AUGACCUAUUCUGAUAUUGAUGAAGUAGUUAAGCCAAAAGAAUCAGGUUCAUUUAUGAGUUCUCAACCAAAUUCACCUGAGGUUGAGUUAUGGAAUAGUUCAAGACAACUUAAAGAAGGCCUUAUUAGAUUAAGAACAUUAUGGGAACAAAAAAAAUUAUUCACUUUUACUUCUCAUGUACGUCAUCAAGAUAUUACAUAUGCACCUAAUAAAGAUUUUAUUAUGAAAUAUAUUUUACACGUAGGUGAAAAUUCGCUUGAAUCUAAUCCGUCACCUAACAUUUUACUUACGAAAUUAAAUAUUCCAUUAAAUUGUGUUGAUAAUUAUCAAAUUCGACAACAUUAUCUUGAAGAAUAUUCAGCUAAAUAUUCGAAAGCAAAACAUUUAUUAAGCAAUGCUCGGAAAAAACAACGAAAAAUUAUUAUGACUUAUUAUGAAGCAAAAGAAAAAGAAAAUAAUAUUGAUGAAUUACAAAUAAUUAAAGAAUCAUUACUUGAAGAAAAUGAAAAAAUAAAAAAAUUUAAAGAUGCUUUAAAAGAUAAACUUAUUAUUUAUCAACAACGUAUACAAUUUCUUAAAGAUACUGAAUUUUGGUCAAGAUUUGAAAUUCAACAAUUACAAAGUAAUACAGUUGAAUCAAUUAAAAAUUGUACAGAAAAUUCUCCAGAAUUAUCUACGACCAAAGAUAGUCUUCAUCUAUUACAUGAUCUUGAACAAAUAAAAUAUCAAAUUAAUCUUCUUGAUGAUUUAUGUCCAACUACUAAUCCUGAUGAACAUUAUUCUAAAUUAAAAUCAGAUGAAAAUAAUUUUUCUCCUGUAAAUAGUAAUGAUAAUAAUAAAAUUAAUCAUCAAUUUGAUAAUAAUGAAAGUAAUAUUAUCUCACAUCUAACAGAUAAUUAUAAACUCCAUGAAAUUAUUUUGAAAUCUUCACAACGGAUGAUUCUAAUGUUUAGUCUUGUUGUAUUUAGUGUUAUAUUUCUUAAUAAUUUACUUGAAUAUUUUCUGAUAUAUCUAACAAAACCAUCUGUACCGAUUACAACAUUAUCUCGUACAAGUACUAUACCAAUAUCAUCAUUUACAAUUUUAUUAUCCAAUAUUUAUAAUUGGACAAUUUCAUGGUUGUUACUAUUUUUUCGUAUAUUCGAAUUUUCUGUUUAG